AUGGCGCUGCAGGGUGGGCGCGCCCAUGCGGGCACGCGCCUGCCGCUGCUGGACCUGCCGCCAGGCAUCCUCUCCGACCACAUCAUCCCGCGCCUCCCCCGUGCCGCGCGCGCGGCGCUGUCGCUCGCGUGCGCGGCGCUGCGGCGCGCCGUCUCUGCGGGCGUGCGGGCGCUCGCCUUCCACGGUGGCAGCUGCUGCCUGGCUUCCCAGCACGCGCUGCACGCCGUUUUCCCCGGCGUCGAGUCCCUCACGUUCACGCCGUCAAACCUUCACGAGGCGAUGAACGUGGUGCCCACCCUCGUUAUGACGGUCGGCCAGGGGCUGCCCCAUGUCGCACACGUCGCGCUGCUCGACCGCCUGCCGGAUGAUUCAGGGGAGCGCCGCAAGUGCCGCGACUGCAACGCAUGGUGCUCAACCUAUGACCUGGCGGCCAUUGUCUUCACUAUCCACGGCUGCCUCGGACCCCGCCUGCGGGCCUUUGAAUUCGAGACGCACUACGUAUCUGAGGCGGAGACGCUGGCCAUCGGCAACAUGACAGCCCUCACAUCGCUCCGCUGCAGCUCCCCCCACGGCCUCAGCCCCGGCGGCCUCGCCGCGAUGCGCGGCCUCACGGCCCUGCGCCGCCUGGAGCUCUUUAAUGCGCCGCGCUCUUACACGGACGCUGACAUGGACGCCGUCGCCGGCAUGCGCAUGCUGACACGCCUCGCGCUCGGCGGCGGCGCGGGCGCGCCGGGGGCGCUGCUGCGGCGCAUCGCACCGGGGGGCGGCGCCGAUGGCGGUGCAGGCGGCGGUGGCGGGGGCGCAGACGGCGGCGGCGGGGGCGCGGCGGAGGGCGACGAGGGAGGUGUCGAGCUGUUGGAAUUGGAGGUGGCUUUUGAAUGGCUGCCGGUUGCAAAUGAGGGCUUGGUGGAGGAUAUCGCGCGGCUGACCACCCUCACGGCGCUGACUAUCGCCUGGCCAGGCCAGGCCGCCAUCGUUGGAGGCGCCGCGCGCCGCUGCCCUCUCCGCAGCUGCAGCUGCCUGUCUUCGCUGGCCGCGCUUACGGGGCUGCGCCAGCUCAGCGCCGGCUGGCCCGCAGAUGCGGCCGUGUUUGACGCCCUGGCCACCCUGGGAUCCCUCACCGCCGUCACGCUGGGCACGCUGCCCCUCGACCAGCCGCCCCCCGGCGGCCCCGCGGCCCGCCUGCCCCGCGUCGCGAGCCUGACGGCGGCGUCGCCCCUCGGCGCCGCGCCGCUGCACGCGCCCCAGUGGGCCGGCGGCGCGCCGCCGAGAGCCGAGCGGCAGCGGCAGACCGGCGCGGACGGCUCCCACACCGCGCGCUGGGUCGCGGCUCUGUGCGCGUUCCCUAACCUUGAAUCGCUAACCUUGGACACCGUCGCGGCCAGCCGAGACAGCCUGCUGGCGCUGCCGCGGGCGGCCCCGAGGCUGCGGGAGCUUCUGCUGCCGCCGCGGCUGCUGCUGGGGGCGGGGGCGGGCGCGCUGGAGGGGUUGGGCGCUUUGUCAGCGCUGACUAGGCUGAGGGUCGGUUGGAAGUCGGCGCUGCACGAGGGGCCGCCGCAGGACUAUCUUGAGGUGGGCGGGAUGCGAUCUGGGGUGUGA